CCUUCCUCUUGCUUAUCUACGCCAUCAUGUCAACCGUCCCACAAUACACUUAUCAGACAGGCAAGAAACAUCUGCGUGACGUCCUCUCUCAGCCCAAGUUUGAAGUGCGCGCCAACGAGAACAAGCCCUAUCGGCCUGUCCACUGGGUGACUGUCAAGUCGAAGAGAUUGCCUCAUACCGAAUGGAAGGCUAUUCCUCAACCUUUCGCUCACGAUGAGGACAACCAGCCCUACACCAACUACACCUGGAUGACGAUCGAGAAGUUGGUCAAGAUCUUUGGGUUGAACUUCCCGCCCUGGAUCGCUGACAACCUCACCCGCGACGACAAGGAAUUUGCCAAGGCAGAGUUUGAGAAGCUGGUCGAGGCGGCUGACAUUGGCGACUUGGUCCUUCAAGCCAUGACCAGGCACGCCGAGAGUACAGGGUCAUCGGUAGACCGGGUCCGUUCCGUCAUCACAGCCGUUUGGCUCCUUGAUCCUUCUCGGGUUGACUCUAUGGUCGCUGAGACCAUUCAAUAUGCCAAGAAUUCUGUGCCCACGGCAGAGCAUAAUCCCAGUGCCCCUUCUUCUGAAAGUCAGGGAUUGUGA